AUGCCUCCUGCCUAUACUCCCCAUCCAGAGUACGAUUAUCCCCGUGACUUUCAGGGCUACGGGGAAGAAGGUCUCAACCCGAAAUGGCCCAACAGCGCAAAGAUUGCCGUGUCCUUUGUUAUCAACUACGAAGAGGGCGGUGAAAGGUCUGUGAUGGCAGGCGAUGGAAUUGCGGAGCAAAACCUGCGCGAAAACCCUUUAGGUGGUCUCCGUGUGAACGAGCGAAAUGUUAGUGUGGAAAGCGAGUAUGAGUAUGGCAGCAGGGCUGGCUUCUGGAGGCUGUUCAGGCUGUUCAAUGACAACAAGAUGAAGUUUACUCUUUAUGCUGUAGCUCAAGCUGUAGAGGAGAACCCAUCUGUUGUAAAGCGCUGCGUCGAUGAGGGCCAUGAGAUUGCGAGUCAUGCCUACCGCUGGGUCGACUACCACGAUUUUCCGGUCGACAAGGAAAAGGAAUACAUAAAAAAAUGCAUCGAAUCACUAAAGUCACUGUCUGGGUACGCACCCAAAGGCUGGUACUAUGGUCGAAACUCGCCACACAGCCGCACUCUUGUCCCACAGGUCUAUCAAGAGAUGGGUGAAGAGCUCAUCUGGACCUCUGACACCUAUGCGGACGACAUUCCUUACUGGACGGACGUCAACUUCGAGAAAGACUCUGCAGAGCCGAAGGGUCAGCUCAUGCUUCCUUAUUCUUAUGAUUGCAACGACUUCAAGUUCCACGUUGUGGGAUCUGGAUUCAGGGACCCUGCCGGUUUCUAUGAUCACAUCAAGGGAGCGUUCGAUGUGCUGUAUGAGGAGGGUGAAAAGGGCAUGCCAAAAAUGAUGACGAUUGGACUGCACUGCCGUAUCAUUGGAAGACCUGGUCGGUUUGCCGCUUUGAAAAGGUUUGUUGAGGAGAUUGGAAAGAAGGAAGGAGUAUGGGUAGCUACGAGGACCGAGAUUGCAGAGGCAUUCAGGAAGGAGUACCCGUACAAGAAGGGACAAUUAGCGUAGUCAGAAGCGAUGACAUGAGG